CCUUGCCCCGGAAGCGGAAGUCUCGGUGACCGAGUCCCGCACCUGGAGCUAUGGAGCCGAGUCCGAGAAACCCCCCAGCGCAGCUCCGGAAGCGGAAGUCGGUGUUGUACCGACCCGAGACCCCCGCCACCGGGGACCUCGCGAGAUGGAGCGCCGGGCUUCCCGGAGAAAAGGCCGGCCUGGCCCUGCUGACCAUAGCCGUGCGGCUCCUGAACUGCUCCCUGGUCCAGACCAGCUUCGUCCCAGAUGAGUACUGGCAGUCGCUGGAGGUUGCCCACCGCAUGGUCUUCAAUUAUGGCUUCUUGACCUGGGAGUGGGCAGAAGGUCUCCGGAGCCAUCUCUACCCUCUGCUCUUUGCGAGCGUCUACAAAGGGCUGCACCUGCUCCAGGAGGACAACGUUCAGCUCCUGAUCUGGCUUCCUAGGAUUGUCCAGGCCCUUCUAGCAGCAGUGGCUGAUGUGAAGUUAUACUCCUUAGUGAAGCAACUGGAUAACACAGAGGCUGCCAAAUGGGUGUACUUCUGCCAGUUGUCUUCUUGGUUCACAUGGUACUGCUGUACCAGAACUCUAACCAACACCAUGGAAACAGUCCUCACCACCUUGGCCCUUUCCUACUAUCCCAUGGAAGGCACGAAGAUGGGGAGCAGCCUUCACUACUUGACCCUAGCAGCACUGGCGUUCAUUAUCCGCCCAACUGCAGCCAUCCUCUGGGUUCCUCUACUGCUCUGGCACUUUUGGAAAGAGCAUCGGAAGCGGCAUCUCCUUCUUCUGGGUUACAUCCCAGUGGGCCUAGGGACCUUGGGCACCUCUUUAGUCAUUGACCGAGUAUUUUUUGGCAAGUGGGUUGUGGUUCACCUGAACUUUGUGAAGUUCAAUGUGCUGCAGAACUUGGCCACCUUCUAUGGAUCCCAUCCAUGGCACUGGUAUUUGACUCAGGGCUUGCCGGCCGUCUUGGGCCCUCACCUCCCCUUCUUCAUUCAUGGCUGCUUCCAGGCACCCAGAAGGUACCACCUGUUUCUGGUCGUGGUGCUCUGGACAGUUGCAGUAUACAGCAUGUUGGGCCACAAGGAGUUCAGGUUCAUCUACCCAGUGCUGCCCUUGUGCAUGGUGUUCUGUGGGCAUUCACUUAACUACCUCCAAAGGGGAAGGAAGGUGGCUGUCUGCUUCUUGCUGGUUUCCAAUGCGCUGCUGGCGCUCUAUACAGGUUUAGUGCACCAGCGCGGGACCCUCGACGUCAUGGGCCACUUGCGAGGGCUCUGCCAGAGCAGUCCUUCCCAGAAACCAGCCUCUGUCUUGAUGCUGAUGCCCUGCCAUUCCACCCCCUAUUAUAGCCACAUUCACUGCCCAUUACAGCUGAGGUUUCUUCAGUGCCCACCAGACUUGACUGGAAGGACAGAUUACCAGGAUGAAGCGGAUUUGUUCUACUCAUCCCCUCUUGACUGGCUCCAAGAAGAGUUUGUUGCCAACACUUCGCUGCUUCCCUCGCACAUCGUCUUCUUCAGUGUGCUUGAGCAGGGCAUAUCACCAUUUCUUGUUUCACACGGUUAUGAAAAGGAUGCUACAUUCUUUCACACCCAUUUACCUGAAGGACGAAUCGGAAGUCAUGUUUAUGUUUAUCAAAGGAAUCAAAAGCAGCGCUGAGGCCCAUCCAUCAAACCUUGCUGGGAAUAUACCUGGGAUGCGCCCAGCAGAACAUGCACCCUUCCCGCUUGACCACAAAGGGCCCACACCUUUGGCCUUGCAACACAACCACCUGCCAAGAUCCUUCUUCUCAGAGACUUCCUCUCUGGACAGAGUAUGGACAGCUAUACAAACUUUUAUAAAUAAAAAGCCUUUUUUUCCAA